AGUCAGUUCCUCCUUCCUUGCUUAAGAGAACAAAGAGUGGGCUCAUCCAUUUUAAGAUUUCUCCUUGAAAAUCACGUUUUAAAAUUUACUCUCGUGCUGAAGGGAGGAAGGCCUGCCUCCACCUCUGAUGACAAAUAUAAGUUAGGUUAACUUUACCUCCUACUGUUGAUGGUCAAGCAAACGUAGACACAGGCAUAACUUCAGAGUAACUUUUUGCUUCAUUCUUCCUUUUGGUACUAUUGAAAGUAUCAUGUGCUUCAUUCUGUGAAAAAUUGAAGAAAAUAUAAGUUCUCCCCCAAGGAAUUUAUAGUAUCUUAUGUUAGGAAAGUAUACGUAUACGCUGGCAAGGGUUGAAAACUACAAGUAGCAGAAGAGGGAUUAGAUUAUCAAGGAAGUCUCCAGAGAAGGAGGAGGUAACCAAGGAGACAAUUUUGGUUGCCCUUGAAGUCUGUGGGGCUGUGAAGGCAGACACCAUCGUUGUCCUAGGGCUCGGUUUAUGUCACAAUGACUGGCCAAAGGGAAAAGUGGGAUCUCUGGCCCCGGAGACCUAGCUGUCAACUAAGACAGGGAUAAGGAUGGGGACACAAAAGUGUGGGCCCCCACCGCUGUUCUGGACCUUGGCGUAUACUGGGACAGGGCUGGUCAUCAUCUAGGAGCUAUGAAACCCGUAGGAGCACACAGACAGAGCAGAGAUGCCGGGUGCCCGGCCUGUAAUAGGCGGGAAACAGCAAGUCCCCUGAUUUGGCUCUCACUGCAGUGGAUACCUGCCAGCCCGAGCUGGGCUGGGAACAUGCAGGUGAAGAAGAGCUCUUCCUUAUGGGGAGUCUCCCGAGGGAGGCAGAGCACAGGCAGACCACUGAAACAGCUGAGGGGUUACUGCCGAGAGAUGGGGUAUUCUAGCAUGCAGGUGACCACUGCUGGCCAAGCCAAGCUGCAGAAGCUUAGUAGAGCUCCUGGUGUUUCAGCUGGAUCUUUCUACCGAAGGUAAGUUAGGUGAGGUAGAGAAGAUACUUUAGGUGGCAGAACUGGGUGUGCAGGUUGGUAAGGCAGAUUGUAAGGAGUGCCCAUAAGGUGCAGAGGUGAACUGAGACAGAAUGGAGCUUUGUGUGUCAGUCUCCAGCUUGGGGUUUUUCUCCGGGAAGUAGUAGAGAAUAGUGUUCUAAAUCAGAGCAGAGAUGUGACCAGCUUUACUUAAAGAAAACAAUGAAAAGGCAUGGUUUCCACUCCUGCAUUUAACUGGAGUAGAGGGGAAAGAAAGAUCAACCAGUACUUACUAUUAUGCACAAUAGCACAGUGGGCACUGUGAAGAGUGUCGGGAGAUAGUAAAUAAUUUAUCGGUCGUUACCGUCCUGUGAGGGGCCCCAAAAGAUCAGCAGCAUUAGCCGGUGCCUGCUGGGGAUGACAGGGAACCUGGGAGGAAGUGUUUGUUCAUUCUAAGCUGAAGUAGUCAAGGAAGGUGUUUUGGGUCAGCAGGGCUGGUUCCUCCUGUGGCCUCCCUGCUUGGCUUGCAGGUGUCCUCCUCUGCGUCUUCAUAGGGUUGGCCCUCUGAUUUUGUUCUGAUCUCUUCAGGAUACUGGUUAUAUUGGGUUAGGGCACAUUUUAACUUAGUUGUCUCAUUUUAGCUGAAUUACCUCCAACUCAGCCCUGAUAGAAGGCUUCCUGGAGGACUUGGAACUUGAGGUGAGCUGGGGAGGAGUUAGGCAUGGCCUAGGACCCCCAGAUCUAGUAACAGAACAAGUAAGGUAGGAAGGGACGGAAUAUCAGAAGCAGGGUGUUAUCACAGGGAGUAGCUAAGGGAAAGAAUUUAAAAAGCAUUGGUAGUUUGAAAGCUGGUUUUAAUAGAAGCUUGGAGUUCAGGUUUUUAAAUUUUUGUAUUUUAGCCUAAUGGAGAGCCAUUGCUAGUACUGGUUUGUUUUUAACCAGAGCACAGGCCCUCUCUGUUCAUUCAGGUCUUAGGUCUCCUCUAAAAAAUUACAACAUGGCCUUUCCUGACCGUCCUCUGCAGCCCACCAGUCUUAAUUCCCAUCAGGGCACUUAGUGCAUGGGAAGUUAUCUUUUUAUCCGUUUGUUUUCCUGUUCAUCAUCUAAUUGAGCUCACUAGAAAGUGGGAUCUUUGUUUGAGCACUCCAUAUUUCAGAUGCAUUUAACCACACCUUGCACAUGAGAAGAGCUUGAUAAAUAAGCUGAAUCAGUAAUAGCAGGACCGACUGUAUGUCAGGCCUGGUCAGAGCUUUGCUUCAGGCAGGUCACUCUAGCAGCAACAUUGAAGGAGGGUUUGGAAGGCAUGACAGGAAGGGUGAAGGCCACGUGGAAAUGGAUUAGUUAGGGUUCUGUAGGAAGAACAGAAACUGACCGGCUGGCUUGAAUUGAAAAAGAAAUUUAUUAUAAAAGCCCAGGGUUGUUCUUAGAGUUUAAGGGAAAGCUAAAAAAAAAAACAUGGGACUGGAAAGUCCAAAACCAGACUGAUUCCAGCAGUCCGUGUAUCAGCACCAGCAGUUGGUCUUCAGGCUGCUACUGAACUGAAUCAUUCGGGCCCCAUUCAUCUGCGGGCUUUGUCAUUGUCUGCAGGACCCAUGUCUGGGGAGGAAGGCUCUCACUGGCCUGGCGUUGGGUGUGUGCCUGCUGCUUCAGACGGUGCCCAGAGCUGCUGGGAGGCUGGAACAGCAGCACAGGCUGUGAUGGGGACUGCUCUGCUGCAGUGUGGGGAAGGCCUGACCUGUGUGAUCCAUGGCAGAGUCCCCCGGAGAAUAUAACCUCGAGCCACAUCACAGGGGGAGGGGACAGAAGAGACAGAUGCAGGUAGUAACCUGACUCUGACUCCUGCGAAGGAUUGGGUCUCCAGGCCUGCCUUUGAAACCUGAGGCAGUGGAUGCUUUCUCUGUGUCUGCACUGUCAACAAGUAUGAUGAUGAGACUGGGCUCAGGGCCACCCUCCUGUCCCCCCUGAAUAGUGAGGUCAGUCUGGGAGAGUGAGGGCCGAAUUCGGAAGGGAGGGCGUGCUUCUGUCCAGAGUCCAAGGCAGGUGCUCUGUGUGUGCAGCUGGGUGAGUGCCUGUGCUGUGCCUGCCUCUCCUUCUGUGUCCAGGUUAGGGUCAUCUGAGCAGUGUCCAGCAUGCCAAAGGCCAGCAUUCCCAGAGUUCAGUGUAGGGUAAUACUGGGGAUGUGAGGAGACAUUUCCCUAUGGGACCAUUAGAAAGUUUCGUGAGCCAGUCCUAGAGAGGCACUUAGCUGUGACACCAGCCCGAGUUUUAUCUUUGAAACCUGAAAAUAGGUAGAUCAUUUUGGCCCCUUUCUUGUCUUUCCUUCCCUCCCUCCCUCGUGCCUUUGUAUUGAGUGGCUUUCUUCACUUUCUUCUGCUUCCGUCCCCAGAAUACUCUGUAUACCAAAAUUGCUACCUUUCCCUCCAUCCCCUCAAAUAUCUUUAUUUCCUACAGCUGAUCCAGCCUUGCUUAAGGAAGAAAAUAGCUAGUUAAAAUAGUUUAUAUUAAGAUAUGGGUACCCCACCCCAAGUGCUUAGUGUACCAGAAGAAUUUGAGGUGAAGGUAUGAAGUAAUUUUCUGGGAUGCAGCUGUAGGUCUGUCUUGUGCUCAUUCUAGGGAAGAAGACUUGUGGCCAAGGUGAGCCUUCAGGAGUUGUUAGGCCUGGGGAAGAUCAGACGAGCACUUCUGACGUGUCUGCAGUAGAAAUGUGGAGAACAGAGCCUUUGGCCUUCUGUAGUUGUCAAGUGGGAGUCUCAGGCCUUCCCUGAUGUCCCCACUAAGCUCGGUACCCCCUCCGCCCCUGGCCAUCUCGAAAGCUUUCUGAAAUCAUUGUCCUCCCAGCACUCUGCAUUUGUCAUCAUAGUGUUGACCAAGGUGGCCAGCUUGCUCACCUCCCUUCACAGCACCCCACUGUGCACAGGGAGGAGAUGGAGAGAGGCGGAAGUAAGGCAUGUGCCAGCCAGGGGUUGUGCCCUUCAGAUGAGGCUCUUGCUGCUGUUGCUUUGCUAGGCCUCCCGGGAAGGUCCCUGUGGUGGAGGGAGUGUUAGCCCCAGUGGUCAUGCAUGGAAACUGGCACCUGGGGAGGCCUCGUGGUCUGCAGAGCGUCCGUACUGCGCUGGCCACAGGUGGUCUGCUUGAAAGACUUCCAUGGAACUGUUGUGUCUCCCUUGACUAUUGGCCAUAAAGAGUCUAUUACUUUGAGAUUUUGGGAAGCAACAUGAAAUAAUUCUGGCAGCAUGGGACAGUGUUUGUGUGGGAGAUCCUAGUGGUCAGCCGGCCAGCUGUGUCAGAGUGUGGCUUCCAGGAGGUUCCUCUCAGCCUGUCCUGCUGUUCAGAGCAAGCCUUUUCUUUCAUGUCCCACCACUUUCCUGUUAGGAGCACCCUGAGUUUUCUGCUGCGGCCACCCUGCCAGCGCUUGUGCCUUGUCAAGCCAGGUGACGGUGAACAGUGGAGAUGGAAGGGGCCAUGGCCAGCAGUGGUGACCUGCGGUUACGCCUGAGGUGCGCCAUCUUCGUCUCCUCCGGGUCUGCGUCUCCCUUUGCAGCCUGUCUGCCACCUGCACACUGGACUGCGCCAACAGAUUACCUUGGCCUAUUCCUGGGCAAGGCUUCCACUCCAGGAGAUAAGCCCCUGCGAUGGAGGGGCUACUCCACUACAUCAACCCAGCGCACGCCAUCUCUCUGCUCAGUGCCCUCAAUGAGGAGCGCCUCAAGGGACAGCUGUGUGACGUGCUCCUGAUUGUCGGGGACCAGAAGUUUCGAGCCCAUAAGAACGUGCUGGCUGCCAGCAGCGAGUACUUUCAGAGCUUAUUCACAAAUAAGGAGAACGAGGCGCAAACCGUCUUUCAGCUUGACUUCUGUGAGCCAGACACUUUUGACAACGUCCUGAACUACAUCUACUCCUCAUCCCUGUUUGUGGAGAAGGGCGGCCUUGCUGCCGUGCAGGAGCUGGGCUACAGCCUGGGCAUCUCCUUCCUGACCAACAUCGUCUCCAAAGCCCCACAGGCCCCCUUCCCGGUGUGUCCCAGUAGGAAGAGAGUGUCUGUGGAUGAGGACGAGGCCGGCUCUCAGAAGCGAAGUGUCAUCGUGUGCCAGAGCAGGAGCGAAGUGCCCGGGAAGGCCGCUGGUCAGAGCCCGGCUGACCUCAGCCCCGCUUCCCGGCUGUCCCCUAGUGUCACUAGCAAGAAUGGCACCAACAAGCCACAUGUCCUGAAGCCGGCAGAACCGCUGCCCAGUCUGUCCUUGCCUGAGAAGAGCUGGGCGAAAGAUGCUCCCAUGGGGUUUGCAAAGUCCCUGGAGCAUCCUGGGCUGUUGGAUGACCCAAGUAGAAGCAAUUUGGUGAAGAGAAACGCAGCACUGCCGUCCAAGCCUCCACAUGACAGAGAGGCUGCGGACGACAGGCCAGGGGUGAGCGGGCAGCUUCCAAAAGGCAAAGCCAUAGAGAUGGCUCUGAAAAGACCACGGCCACCAGUGCUGUCUCUUCGGAGCUCCUCGGAGACACCUUAUCUGUUGAAGGAAGCUGGGAAGGGAGGCGGUCAAGGUGAGGAGAGAAACUUGCUGUACUACUCCAAGCUGGGCUUGGUGGUCCCAUCCAGUGGGUCUGGGUCUGGGUCUGGGUCUGGAAACCAGAGCAUUGACAGAAGCGGCCCUCUGGUGAAGAGCCUCCUCCGACGGUCCCUGUCCAUGGACAGCCAGGUCCCGCCGUACUCCCCCUCCAUAGACCUGAAAUCCCCGCAGGGCUCAGCCACGGCACUCAAGGACGCACCAGGCAGUAUUUUCUGUGCUUUAUCUCAAAAGGCUUCUUUAAAGGACUGUAGUGAAAGAAAAGCAGCCCUGGAUGACCGGCCGCAAGUGCUCCCAGCGCACCGCCUCAGGUCCUUCAGUGCAUCUCAGUCCACAGAGCGGGAGGGCCCCACCCCGGUGACCAAGGUGCGCAUCAAGACCGAGCCCAGCAGCCCCCUGUCUGACCCCUCAGACAUCAUCCGAGUCACCGUGGGCGACGCUGCGGCCGCAGCCGCAGCCACAGCCACGAGAGACCUGCCUCUGAAAACCGAGGAGGACCCGAAGGACAUGAGCAGGCUCCCCGCCAAGAGGAGGUUCCAGGCAGACAGGAGGUCGCCCUUCAAGAAGGCGAAGAUCAGCGAGCAUAGGCCCCCGGCCGCAGAUGGGAACUGCGAGGACGGCCCGAGCCCUCCUCCGCUGGACGGCGAGUUCCCCGAUUCUGACUUGAGCAAAGACGAAUUGGAGCAAGGCAGCCACGAGCGCUUAUGCCGGAACGCCACCGUUUGCCCUUACUGCAGCCUCAGGUUCUUCUCGCCCGCCCUGAAGCAGGAGCAUGAAGACAGGUGUGAGUCCAAGAAGCUGACCUGCCUGGAGUGCAUGCGCACCUUCAAGUCCUCCUUCAGCAUCUGGCGGCACCAGGUGGAGGUGCACAACCAGAACAGCAUGGCCCCCGCUGAGAGCCUCUCCCCGCCCGCGCUCGACCACAAUGGGGAGGGGCCGGCAACUGCCAGGCCCCUGGCCCAGCCCGAGCCCGGCAAGGCGAACCACAUCUCCGCACCGCCCAAGGACGACAACGCGUUCAGUGACUCUUCGGAGCAAGUGAACUUCGACUCGGAGGACUCCUCCUGUCUCCCCGAAGACCUCAGUGUCUCCAAGCAGCUGAAGAUCCAGGUGAAAGAGGAGCCUGCAGAGGAGGCUGAGGAGGAGGCGCCCGAGGCCAGCGUGGCUGCCCGGGACGCGGGCCCCAGCAAGGAGGCCGGGUUGUGGCCCUGCGAGAAGUGCGGAAAGGUGUUCACGGCGCACAGGCAGCUGGAACGGCACCAGGAGCUGCUGUGCUCUGUGAAGCCCUUCAUCUGCCACGUGUGCCACAAGGCCUUCCGCACCAACUUCCGCCUCUGGAGUCACUUCCAGUCCCACAUGUCCCAGGCCGCUGAGGAGCCGGUGGUGGUACAGAAGGAGGCCGAGGUGGGCCUGGGGCCCACAGACUCGCCCUCACCGCCCCCCCUGCCGCCCCCGCCACCCCUGCCCAAGAUUCAGCCCCUGGAGCCUGACAGCCCCACGGGCCUGCCUGAAAACCUGGCCCCGGCCACUGAGAAGCUGUUCGCACCCCAGGAGUCGGACACCCUCUUCUACCAUGCCCCGCCCCUGUCGGCAAUAACCUUCAAGAGACAGUUCAUGUGCAAGCUCUGCCACAGGACUUUCAAGACUGCCUUCAGUCUCUGGAGUCAUGAGCAGACGCACAACUGAGCCCCGCCCCGCCGGGUCCCAAGCUGUGGACCACCUCCCUGGAAACAGAGUAUUUUUGAAAAAGAGUAAUAAAGGCUGGAAAUUGUUAUGCUUGAAUUUAGGCUUCCAUAAAGUGAUAAUGAUUGGAAAUGUCCUCAUGCAACGUGAGAAAUAAACUGAAAUACCGCAGGUCCGCACCUUGCAGCGAGCAGGGGUUCGACUUCAUUACUGUUGGAAUUGGGUGAAACCCCACGAAUUGCAUGGUUCUUCAUUCCAAGGUGUCAGUGUAAUCACUUCAUUGAGGCUUUUGUUUUUUACUCAUUUGUAACUAGUGGAAUGCUAGCAAAGUAUUCCUUCCCUUGGUUAUCUCAGACACCUAAUUCUAGUUAAAUCUUAGCCACGUUCCUAAGACCAAAAAUGUAUCAGAAAGAAGUGGAGUCGUCGCAGUAUUGAUUUAGAUCUUAAAAUACCUUAGCAAUAAAAAAAGGUAAACCUCAACUUUAAUAAAUUAUCCUGACACUUGAUAAAAACAAGUAUUUGGUAUUUUGUGGUCAUGUAGAUCUUUCCUUUUGUAUGAAAACUGUGAGAAAUUUAAAUCAGCAAUAGACACACUUAAAUUUUUCUGAGGUAGCUGACUUGCCCAUGGUCACCCAGUGUAGAGUGGCGGUCACACUGUCAGAAGACGUGGAUGGGAGCAGGUUCACAGGGCCCUGCCUGGCCUUCUCCCACGCUGCUGUCGCCUGCCAUGGGCACGUCCUGACAGCACGCGUGGGCCGUGGGCCACACCGCGUCCAGCCCUGGUUCACACCCACCCAGGAAGGAGUCGGUGUGCAGUGUCCUCUGAUAGAUGAAGACCUGAGUGAGACUGGGACAGAAGAGCCAAAGCUGACGUGCAGCACUCACUUUGGACCUCACGGUCGGCGUGGCAGGGGCGGUGGGGCAGGUGUUGGCACGGGGUGGCCUCUGUGCCCUGAGCACACAGUGCAGGGGACGCCCCGCGGUGCCUCACGUGGUACCCGAGAGUCCCGCCGCCCUCCGGGGUGUGGCUGGGUACCCGGAUGCGUGAGAGCUCUUACUCUGGCCCGUGGCCUUUGAGGGGGUUUUCGUCUUUGAUGUGCAUUGUAAUUAAUUAGAAGAAUUUUAGAAGGUGUUUCCAAAGCUCAGUGGGUAUUUCAAACGGGAAAACUUACUUCGCUUGUGUGGAGAGGGUUAGAUUCAUAAGCAAGAGAAACGCUGAAACUACAGAAUCCUUCAAUAUAGGGACACGAUGAAGACUCCCAGUUUAUACUUUUUUACCAGCUAGUCUUUCAAAUUAAAAUCCACUACUGAGAUUGAGAACUGAUUUUGAAUUCAUGUUCUAGCAGAACUGUACCCGCCAUUCUCAUUACCGGCAUUCCAUAGUAGCGCUAAGAUACUCUUUCUAUUGAAACACAAGGGUUUUUAUAAACUACUAAUUGACUUUGUGUAUUAUAGAAACUAUAUAUGAGAUUUUGCCUUUGAUCCUUCCACUUGAAAAACUAUCAGAAAGCCCAAGAUAUUUUCGUAGUUUCUAUUUUGUUCUUCAAUUUGAUGGAGAAGGGAAAAUAAAAGUAGGUUGCAGUUCCUGAUUCUUGCUCAGUCUUUCUAUUUCUAGAAGAAAUCUAUGCAUUUUGAUGAUGCUGACCUCUCCUGAAGGCAGCAUCAGGAUGGGAGACUGUACCGAGUCCACCCCACCUGUUGCAUGGUGUUUCUUACCCUGAACGCCUGGCAGCGGUCACUUAUCCAAGAGAAGAAUUUCCCUGAGUCGUCACACUGCCAUGGCCAUUAGAGGCUCCAGAAGCCCCAUGACACGUCAUGUCUUGGCAUUGUACGUUCAGUAUCCCAGGACUUGAACCUUUAUGCUACAUUUUUGAAGGUUUUUUAAAUACUUUUAAUCAGUAAAAAAAUAUUUUUGAUCUAAGUAUAGGCUCUGCAUAUCUGUUAGAUUUUAAAAACUACCAGUGUUUUUGUCUUGUUCACAUUUUUGUCUAGGCAAGAAAUAUAAGAUUUCAAAUAAAAUUUUGAACCAAAAACAUUUAUAAAUGCAAUUCUGGUUUUUCUAUUACUUUUUAUACCGUACCUUAAAAGCAUUAGGCUGAAAGAGUUUAUUUUGGUGGUCAAAAAAAAAAAAAAAAAGCUUCCACUCAUGUAACUAUUUUAAAUGUUGAGAAGUAGGAUAAUGAAAGACACCUUAAUUGCUUUUUUAGAAGAAUGUUUAUCUUGGCCAGUAGGCAGAUAUGUGGUGUAAAAUAAAUUGGUCUUUCAUUGUUGCAACUCUUGAAAUAGUAAAGAUAUUCUUGUAAAUGUUUUUCUGAUUGUAAUUAAUUUUUAAAAAGGUAGAAAGUUCACUAUUCCUUGUAAGUAUUCAGGAUGCCUGCUUUUUUAUGCAGUUGUGAAAGAAUGUAAAAUGUUUUAAUAUAUUCUGUUAAUCCGAGAAUGUUGUUAUUUUCUUUAUGUGGUGGAUGGAGGUGUGACAUAAAGUGCGUUUUUUAUCAUUCAAAGUAAGCAAUGGAGGUAACAGAUACUGUAUAUUUUAAUUGUAAUAUUUCAAGAUUAAUAGUAGACUAUUCACCUUUAAAACUAGUAUACAUUUACAGUUUUACCAGAAUGUACAGCAAUUCAGUAACCGCAUUAUUUGCAUUUGUGGGGAGACGGCAUCCUGGGCUUUCUGUUUUGGAAGAGAUCACGUGAGGCCUUAGUGCAGCUCCCCCAGUGGCUGAUUCCUUCUUACCUAAACCCCUGUCACCCUCUUGGUAACAGAGGGAGGAGGCUGGGAGAUGGAAGCAACCGCGCCCUGGCUGGACGGGCAGCUAAGCGCUGGGCAGACCCCUGGCCUUUGCCGCCAGCCCAUGUGUGUACGGCUGUAACCUGGAACUUUAAGAAAGAAAAUACUUGCAUUUUCUUUGUACAAAAAUAAUUAGAUGCCAGUCCUAACAGAUUUCUUUAUAAAUUUCAUCCAGUUAACCAUUACUGGAAUAUUACAAGUCAGUUUGUUGAUUUCUGAUGUCACGUUGAUGUUUUUUGCAGUAAUUGUGAAAUGCAUUAUUGAUUUAAAUAAUGCUGAUACACAUUUAAUAAGUGUUCUUUAACACUGACUUCUAAGCUUCCUUUGUUUUAAAAAUAGGUUUUCCUCUUCUGUGGCGUUAGCACUCUAAGAAGUUGGAUGUGUGAGCGAUGGCAGGGCUCUUCUGGUGGUCUCCAGAAGGCCUCUAGCUGAACUGAAUGGGUGUUGAGCUACUGGAGGAGAAAGACAAGAGAGUUCAUGUUGGGUGUUUUAAAAACUCAUUUCAGAAUCAGGCUUCAGGGAACCGAAGUAUUUUACUGUAAAUCUUUAAAAUAAUAGAAUUGAGCAUUGUUUUGUCAUUUGUUAGUGCUGUCUGGAUUUCCACUUAUUCUUGGUCAAUACUGAGUAUCAAAAGGUGAUAAUUUGUGACUGAUGUUAACCCCAGUGUCUCAUCACCCAUUGAAGAGAUGCUUGUAAGGACCCGAGUUCGAUCCCUGGUACCAAAAAAAAAAAGAUUAAAAAAGGAGAUGCUCAUUGCUCAAAAAACCCAAAUGGAUGGUUUUGCAGUGGUGUCUGCUUUGAUGUGGUAUGCCUCAGCAGAGGAAAUCCUUCAUUUCUUAGGAACAAGCUUUUUUUGGACUGAAAAUUAAUAGUAAAAUAGAAUAAUGUUAGCCCAUUGCUUACUUGUAUCCAAUUCUGUUGUCUGUUCCUUUGCUGAAGUCUUGGCUGAGAAUGAUUGGAGUCAAUAAAUCUGAGCUGUUUUGCUGA